UAUAGAAUAUAAAAAUGAUAAAUAAAAGAACAAUUUUAAUAAUAAGAGGGUUGCUUGAUUACGUGAUUCCGAAGUUAAUCAGUUAUAAAACAUGAAAAUAGUGACGUAUACAAUAAUCGUAUAAAAAUAACUAUUACAAACUCUAUUAAUUCUUGAUUAUUCAGCAUGUGAAAGACAAUAGUGCAAUACUUUACCAGUGAAUAAUUUUGUUGCCACCAUAAGAAUAGAUUACGCAUCAUUUCAUCGCCAUAAUAAUCAUCGAAAUAUUAUCGAGGAGUGUUCUGUCACAGAUAAAUUGUGCAAAUAUAAAUAUCAUAAUGACAAAUAGUUCAAGAUGUUUAGGAUAUCAUAAUAAUAUAAAUAAAGAAUAUUUAACAGAUGGAAAUGAUAGUCAUCAUGCUCCAUCAGAUCAUACAAUAUCUGAAUAUGUUGUAUCUGCUGAUCAUAUUACAAUGGUAAAAUCAAUGAAAAAGAAUCAUCCAGAAAAAUAUGAAAAAGAAGAAGGAAGACAUUCACAAAAUAUACAUAACAGCCGUGGUUCAAUAUUAUCAGGAUCUUCAAGACACAGUCUUCAUCCUCUUAGAAAAAGUACUUCACAUAGUAGCAUAUAUGACAAUGGCUCAGAUAUCUAUGUUACAAGUGCUGCAUAUAGAGCAACUUCAGAUAUAAGCCAUAUAUCGCAUCAUAGUCUAACACCAAGUUCAAGAUUAGGACAUCGUGCACCUAGUCAUUGUAGUUAUGGUUCUACAAAAUCUCAUACAUCCAGAAAAGAUGGUAUUAUUAUAGAAACUAUGUCAACACCCAAUCCUUUUUGUCCAAAUACUAAAGGAAUUUGCUGUCUCAUGUUACUUCUUAAUCUUGGUUUGAUUCUUGUUACAUUAGGUUUUGUUAUAGUCAUUCAAUUUUUUCAACCAUUGAUAGUUUGGAUUUUGGGAAUAGUAUUUCUUGUAUUUGGAUUCUUAACAUUAAUAGGAAGUCUUAUAUAUUGUGUACAUGUAUUUCGAAAUGCAAAACAUCCACAUGAUAUUAACCCAGAAGAUUUUUAUUGGACAAAAUAUUGGCAAGGACAUGUAGGAUCCACACCUGAAGUAUAUUAUAAAGCAGAAGAUAAAUAUCAUGAUGAUGAAUAUAGUGAUCGUUUAAGCAAAUAUUCAUGUAAAUAUUAUGAUAAACAAAGAUAUUGAAAACAAUAUAUAUAUAAUAAUGUAAA